UAAGAAAUGAUCAAACAGGACUAAUACUUACAGCAAACUAGUGUACGGGUACAUUGAGAAGUGACAAUGCUCUUUGCGCACCAGUAGUUUCUUCGUCUUUAUUGAAGAGCGGGAGAAAUAGUCUGUUAGGCUUGUUAAGUCUAUGAGUAAAUGCUAUCAAAAUGAAAACACCAUGCAAGGGUCUCGCCUCUCUCCUUUAUUACCCAGUCUACUUUUAAUUUCAAGGUAGUUAGCUACCCUCGGCUUCCCUUCCCAUCCUUAAAUUAAGGAAUCCUCCUCCCCCUCUUUACUCCAUCCAACGUGGCAGCUUACGUCGAGACAGCACUUCGAUGUAUGAACCAUUUUACCUGCCAUACUGCUUACUUUGUUCUUGUUUUUCUCAGUAUCAUCCUCCCUUCAGACUGUCUUUCCAUAGCCCCCUACUCAGCGCUGCGAGACGCACACCUAAACAAGUCAUUUCAUUUUCAUUUUGACGUUAUUCUUCUUGUCAUUACAUGUAUAUUUCUUUCUUCUUAUCUCAUUCCAUUCUCUUUCCCUACAGCGAGCCUAAGAUCUCCCGCUCUCUUCCCCAGAGCAGAAAUGGCGCUCAUACGCAGACCAUGUUAUCUCGUGUGCGUCGCGCCCUUCGCCCUCGCCAUGGUCGCCUUCAUGGGGCUCUCUUCAGGAGGAAUCGAGGGCGGCGGCGCAGCGAGAAGAGGGCUACAGGACGCUGGCGGACGAUCCACUGGGCGAACCAUCUACGUGGUGACGGCGACCUACCCGCGCUCCAACCAGAUACCAGAGAUGACCCGGCUGGCCCAGACCUUGAUGCUCGUGCCGGACGUGCACUGGAUCGUGGCCGAGGACGCCCGCGUGAAGAACGAGAGGCUCGUGCAGUACCUCCGUUCCACGGGCAUUCCGUUCACGUAUAUGAUAACGCCCAUGCCCAGCGCGGCCAGGCAUUGGCACCAUUGGCCCACGGGCGUGGCCAACCGCCGCGCCGCCCUCGCCUGGAUCCGCAAGAACGCCGAGACGGGCGUCGUCUACAUCGCCGACGACGAUAAUAUUUACGACAUAAGGCUGUUCGAAGAGAUUCGCUCAACGAGAGGCGUGUCAAUAUUCCCUGUUGCUUUUCUGCUUCCCUCUCAGCUGACGACGCCCGUGCUGAGGGAAGGGCGGUUUAUGGAGUUUUACGACGGUUGGAAGGUUACCAGAAAAUACCCUGUCGACAUGGCAGGGUUUGCCGUCUCCGUGGAACUGCUGCUAAAACGCCCUCAAGCCAACAUGCACUGGUCUUACAGCUACCAGGAAGAGAGCCUUCUCGCCAGCCUGGGAGUGGCGCCUGAGGACAUCGAGUUCAAGGCCGAGAACUGCACUAAGAUAUGGGCAUGGCAUACGAAAUCAGAGAAGCCCAAGCCCGCGGCCAGGGAUCUGUGUGACGCUCGCUUCGACGGCACUAAUUUGCGGUUCCUGGAGAGCCAGAUGGAGCUGCAAGGGGCGUCGUGUCGCCCAGAGAUCUUCGAAAGACAGGCGCCGCUGAAGAGGAGACAGGAGCUUCCCGAGGGGGACGACCCUACAUAAAAUCACGAAUUGGACUUUAUUUUUUGACACUAUAUUACUUGGUAGAGAGGUGGCGUUUGUUACUGUGAUGUGUAUUAGCAGUAAAAUGCUGACAUACGACCUCGAGCAUUUUUUUUUCUUUAUUACUACCACUUGGGCAGAAUGCAUUCCACCUUAGCCACCCGGAAGUGUUAUAGUUAAUACGUGGUUCAAAAGCUUUAUUUUUAAUCUGUUGAAUAAAAGGGGUGUUGAUGAUGAGCUGUAAGUGUCAACAAACAUGCUUAGUGGAGUGAUAACGACCUGGCAGACUUACGAACUUAUAAAAAGAAUAAAGUAAUGAAAAGAGUA